CCGCUCUGAAACCGGUCUGAAACCGACGGUGUUUCUCUCCACAGCUACCGCAAGGGAAAGCUGAUGCUCCUGGCCGCGAUCAUCUGCUGGAUCGUGUUCACCCUGGCGAUCGGGUUCGUCCAGCCCGGCGCCGUCACCUGCGUCAAUUGGAACCAGACCCAUAAGCAUCACUACAUCGCGAUCCCGGAAAUGGAGCCAGACGCGGAGACCUACGCGAAGCAGGACGCCGACUACGACGGCGAGAGCUACGACCGGCGCGACGAGAGCCGCCGGAAGCGGGAGGACUUGGGGGGCCUCCCCGGGGAGGACUGGGGGACCUCCCCGGGGAGGUGGCGGCGCUCGACGAAGCCCAGCAAGCCGAAGGAGCUCUACCCCGUCGGGGUCUCCCCGCACGAGGUGCUCUACGCGUCCAACUUCGACCGGGAGGCGCACAGCGGCUACAUCCGGCCGGCCAACUCCAACAUGGUCUUCACGGGCGACGACGUCCGGAAGGUGUUCUUCCUGCUGCUGCUGCUGGUGGUGAUCGGGGAGUGCCUGAGCAGUCCGGCCAUCACCCUGGCGGACUCGGCGGUGCUCACGAGCCUCGGGGAGGACCAGGACCACUACGGGUGGCAGAGGAUGUUCGGCAGCGUCGGGUGGGCCGUGUCCAUGUUCUUCUUGGGGAUCUCGUUGGACCAGGCGCGCGGUUUCACGGAUCAUCCGUGCGAGCCCUUCGCGAGGGAGAGGAAUUACACCAUCUGCUUCGCCGUCUUCUCCGUCUUGCAGGGUUGUGCGUUUAUCGCUGCGACACAAUUCCGGUUCGAAUACAAGGAGUCGGCCGAGGCGCUGUCUCUUCAGCAGGCGGAGAAACCGGUGGAAAAGGAAUACAAGUUUUCCCUCGAGGGCAACCCUUGCCCGGAGCCGGUGCCGGAGCCCGUGAAGCCGCCGCAGCCCGGAGACAUGGGAAAGGUGAGAGGCCUUCGGGGCUGGCGUCGGCAGCAGCGCGAUUGGCUGCAUCCCCGGGGAGGUGCGACCUCAUUGGUCGCCGCUCCUCGUGCAACUUCUGCAGCAGCCAAUCGCGUCGCGGCUUCCGUCACUCCGCCAAUCAAAACAUUUUUCAUCUCAGGAACAGUGUGCCGCUCUUGUCGACUCCGUUUCUAA